AUCCUGCAGGGGUCAGGAGGAGGAGGGAGAAAAAUCGUUGAAGGGCACAGACACUGUAGACCAACCCUCUGCCUGAGUGAGUCCUGCCCUGCUCUGUUCCCACAUCACACUCACAUGUCUCUGUGCUGCGCUCUGAUCGACAGAGCCUGCUCUCCUCCGGCCGUGGGAUCACUCCUGCUGCUAAACAGCUUCACUGGAUAUUUACACGAUUUUACAGGCUGGCUCUCAUCGCCUCCUAGUGCGCAGUCUGGGCACUGAGUCUGAUUUUUCUUGGAGGAAAAUUUUCAAACCACAGGAAAUCCUAUUCGAUAGCUUCAAAAGGAACACCUUUUCCUCUGCAGCAGCCUUCGCCUUCUCUCUAUUUAAGCUUUCAGUACAGAAGGAAGAAGAAAUAAUGCACAACCAGAGGACUAUGUGACAGCUUAUGAGUGGAUCUAAUUUCAAAGAUACAUAAGAAAAGAAGAAAAGAAAAAGGAAAAGAAGCAACUACUGCUGGGAAAUAACAAAAAUGUCCACAGAGUCUUUCCAUGCUGCCUAUGCUGCUGUAGCCCCGUCUGAGAACCCCAUGGCCCCCUCAACAGGAAAGCUGCUGAGGAUGUUUCGUGAGUACCAGAGCAACGCAGUCAUCAUAGAGCACUACAACUACACAGGGAAACUGAACGGGACCAAGUACAGGGAUGGACUGAAACCAGAGGCCAUAGCUUUUCUGCUGGUCUGCCUGCUUAUAGUUGCUGAAAAUGCUGUGGUGCUGCUGGCCAUCUGGAAGAACAAGAAAUUCCAUCUGCCCAUGUACUAUUUACUGGGCAACUUAACUCUCUCUGACCUGCUGGCAGGUUUCACUUACAUGGUAAACCUCAUAACAUCAGGUGCCAACACAUUAAACAUGACCCCAGUGCUGUGGUUCCUGAGGGAGGGGGGUGUGUUCAUCAUGCUGGCCGCCUCUGUCAUCAGUCUGCUGGCAAUUGCCAUAGAGCGCCAUGUCACCAUGGUCAGGAUGAAGCCGUACCAGGGGGACAAACAGGGGCGGAUGUUUGCUCUGAUUGGAGCCAGCUGGGUGCUGUCUGUGUUCCUGGGGGUUCUGCCUGUCCUGGGCUGGAACUGUAUGGGUCAGCUGGACCAGUGCUCCACGGUCCUACCGCUCUACUCUAAGAGUUACAUCCUCUUCUGCAUCACCGUCUUCAGUGCCAUCCUCAUGUCCAUUGUGGUGCUGUAUGUCCGCAUCUUCCGUAUCGUCAAGGCCAACACUCAGCGCCUUGCUUCAGUCCCACAUCGCAAAGGCCUUUACCGCAAGUCCCAGAAGUACAUGGCUCUGCUGAAGACGGUCACCAUAGUCCUGGGAGUCUUCAUCGCAUGUUGGCUGCCCCUCUUCAUCUUCCUCCUGCUGGACUUCUGCUGUCCAGCCAAAAGCUGUGAGGUCCUGUUUAAGGCAGACUAUUUCCUGGGCAUCGCAAUGUUCAACUCCCUCCUUAACCCUAUCAUCUACACCCUGACCAGUAAGGACAUGAGGAAGGCCAUCCUCAAGUUGCUCUGCCGACCCUGCCUCUUAACAAAUGACGGACAAGUGAAGAAGAUCGGGAUACCCUUCCUGGAGUGCAGCACCAGCAAGACUGACGCAGCCUCUCACAGACUGGAGGGACUGGAGACGACAGUGUCCUCCGGUAACUUUACACCAUCUACUAUCAAAGCCAUUUACCCCAGGAUGUGUAAGACAUGACCCAGAGGCUCUUUUUGACUUUACCCUGAGAUUAAGCAUUCAGACUAAGAACCGGACCACUGACACAGCCGGGCGGCUUCUCUCUGAACUGAGCUGCAUAUGUGCUGUAGCGAAGCGGGCCUGAGAAGAGCUGAGGUUUUAUUUUGAGCUCUGUCACAGUUUCGGUAUUAUUAAUCUUCACGAGCAGCAUAAGUUCGAUGUAUUUGACAUAUGUCUGAAUUGGGAGAAAGGCAUUAACUUUUUAAAAAAAAAAAUUAUCUGUGCAUAUUUCUAUAAUAGUGUGAUCAUGAAAAACAUUAAUGUCCGUGCCUUAAUAGCAGCUAGAAGUUUGUCUGUUAGACAAAAGAGCGCCAGUAUUUGUCAGAGGAUGUUGCCUCUGGUAAAAUGUCAUUUCAUUCUAUGAAAUCAAAGACUGUGUGCAGACGUUUUGCAUAAAUACAGCCAAUUAUGCUGUACAUCUGAAAGACCAGGCCAAAAGCCCAAGCCUGAGAUUUAUCCUUAUCUCCUCUCCCUGUGUAACAUAUAAUGAUAUGUUGUUACAAACACGGAGCAUCCACACCCAAACUCUGCUGCCAAAACCAUGUAAUUUCUGCCAUGUGAGUUUUGGUCAGCAGCAAUGCUGGGUAGAGGUCCCCCUCGACCAACAUCAGAGGCUCAGUGGCCAGGAGACGCACUGAAGACGUCAUAUGGAGAGUUGUGCCGGGUGGUUUGCAGCUUUGGAGGUCCCUUCAACAUAUGUAGCAACACAUGAUGAAUGACUAUAAGCAAUAAAAGCUGACAGUGGAGGUUUGUUGACGCCUUCUUGGUUUCACAAACUAGAAUAUUUGCAUCUCCAUGGGAGAGCUUGUGAACAAAACUGAGUCUUCAGAGCUAUCUUGUUGGGAUAAACUUCACCUUACAAUGAAAUGAUGCUAAUCUAUUUUUCUCGUCAAGGAGUACAGAUAUGAUCUCAUCCCAUGAGAAAGAAAUUGUCAAAAGCCAGGCAGCAGUGUGUGUGUGGGCUUUAAAGAUCUGGGGAAUUUCAUUGUAGUAAUAGUGACAUUAACACUUUACUAAAUGUAAUACUGUAAAUGUAAAUGUAAAGAGAAAAAUAUAUAUUUACUGAUUUUUUUUUAAGUAUACCUUGUAAAUAUCUAUAGCCUUUUCUGAGCUGCAUUUUGUAUUGUAAAAAUCUUGUUUAAGUUAUGAUGUCAGUUUUAUAUGUGCACUGAAUAAACGUGUGAAUGAUG